AUGUUACUGUUGAAAUUCCCUACGCCCCAUGGCACGGGCAUGGUGCGCGGCGACCAACUUGGCGCUCGAAGCUGGUAUGCUUCGGCAGUGAAGUCUACUAAUCGCCAACAUAGAGGUGAGGCCUUAGCGGUAACCCGGGCCCUAGCCCUACCUCGAGCUGGCACUGAGGGCCCAGAAGACCCUAGGGAGGAAUCUGCCACCCAACAGGCCAAACUUGUGGAGGACCUCGAACUGGUCACUCUCCAUGAGGACAUCCCGGAUCGACAUGUCAGGAUCGGCACCUCCCUCUCACAAGAGCUUCGCUCUGAUCUUGCUGCCUUCCUCCGCCUCAACUCUGAGAAGCGUCGUGCUUAUGACCUGGAACGGUAUGAGGCCAUGAAGGCGAAGGUGGAUAAGUUGAGCACCAUUGGAUUCAUCAAGGAGGUGGAUUAUCCCACCUGGCUAGCCAAUGUGGUAAUGGUACGUAAACCAAGGAAGGGCUGGCGCAUGUCCGUAGACUACACAAAUCUCAACCGGGCCUGCCCAAAGGAUAGUUUCCCCCUACCCCGCAUUGACCAGCUAGUUGACGCCACAGCUGGCCACGCCCUCCUCAGCUUCAUGGAUGCUUACUUAAGGUACAACCAGAUCUUCAUGCACCCUGAGGACCAAGCUCAUACAUCCUUCAUCACUGACCGUGGCCUUUACUGCUACAAAGUCAUGCCUUUCGGCCUCAAGAACGCUGGGGCUACAUAUCAGCGUCUAGUGAACAGCAUCUUCGCUCCACUAAUUGGCAACACCAUGGAGGUUUAUGUUGAUGACAUGCUGGUCAAGAGUCGCACUGCUGACUAG